CCCCCCUUCUCCUCCUCCCCCCCCCCCCCCCCCCCUUUUCUCCCCCUCCCCGCCCCCCGCACGGCCCGAGCCCGCGAGCGCUGCCGGUCCGGCCUGCUGCCGUCACCGCCAUUGGCGGGGGUGCGUACGGCUCCUCCCCCGCGGCCCGGUUCGGCCCGGCUCGCCACCGCCCUGGAGGUGCCUCAACGGAACUGAAGCUUCUGCUUGAAAGGGUGCAGUGCUGUGAAAAGUCUUACUGACCACAGAAAAAUGGACAUGUUGCAAGUACUGCGUAAAACCACAGAAGGCUUAGAAUGUGAUCACUGCAACUUCAGAGGAACGGACUAUGAAAACGUACAGAUUCAUAUGGGUACCAUACACCCAGAGUAUUGUGAUGAAAUGGAUGCUGCUGGUUUGGGUAAACUUAUAUUUUAUCAAAAAAGUGCAAAACUGUUUCACUGCCACAAAUGUUUCUUUACCAGCAAGAUGUAUUGCAACGUGUAUUAUCACAUCACAUCACAACAUGCAGCACCUGACAAGUGGAAAGAGGCGCGGAAAGAACAGGUAGAAGGAGAUUCAGAUCCCUCCAAAAAAAGUGUCACAUCGGAGCCACAGAAACCUGCCCUUUCCCCUGAGUCACGCAAACCUACCCUUUCUCCUGAACUCUCCAAAUCUGAACCUGUUGUUUCCCCCAAGCUUCAGAAAUCAUCAGUGUCCCCAGAGCCCCAGAAGUCAGCACAAGCUACUUCCUCGGAACCAGAGAAGUCAGCCCUGGACACAUCCCCAGAUCCUGAGAAGUCAGCCCAGGGCACACCUCCAGAUACAGAGAAGUUAACCUCGGCUGUAUCCCCAGGCUCAGAGAAGCCAUCCCCUGCCGUGUCCCCCGACCCCCAAAAGCCAUCCCCUGCCGUGUCCCCCGAUCCCCAGAAGCCAUCCCCUGCUGUGUCCCCUGACCCUCAGAAGCCAGCCCCAGCUGCAUCUCCAGAGCCCCGUCGCCAUUCCCCAGGAGUGUCACCGGAGCCCCGGCGCCAUUCCCCGGCGGUGUCACCGGAGCCCCGGCGCCAUUCUCCUGCCGUGUCUCCAGAGCCCCGUCGCCAUUCUCCUGCUGUGUCACCAGAGCCUCGCAGAUACUCUCCAGCCGUGUCACCAGAGCCAAAGAAACCUACUCCAGCAGUGUCCCCUGAACCACGAAGGUAUGCUCCAGCUGGGUCUCCCGAGCCUCGGAGGCACCCUUCCCAAAUGCGUAGGCCUGCUUCUGCUGCUUCUCCGGAAAACCGCAGGCCCGCUCCUGCAGUUUCUCCAGAAUCGUGGAGACCUGGUCCGACUGUUUCCCCUGAGCCGUGGAGAUCUGCCCCUCAUGAGGUGCAGAAAUCCACGGUUUCUCCCUGGGCUCCAAAGCCUUCCAUGUCAAUGUCUGUAGAGUCCCGGAGGUCUGCCCCUGAGUCCCGAAGGCCUGGCCCCGUUGUGUCACCAGAGCCUAGGAGGCUCUCUUCUGACUCGUGGAAAUCUACAUCCUUUUCUGAAUCCCAAAAGUCUACUCUUGUUUCUUCUGAGCCGUGGAAACCCAUCUCGUCUGUUUACCCUGAAGGGUGGAAGCCUGUUCUGUCCCCUGACACGUGGAAGCAUUCUCCUCCUGUUUCUCCUGAGCUUCGAAAGUCUAGUCAUACCGUUUCCUCUGACUCUUGGAAGUCUUCUUUCUUCCCUGAGGUCCGUAAGCCUGGUGCUUCGGUAUCUCCUGAAUCUUGGAAACUCUCCGAGUCCCGGAAAUCAAUGUUUUUUUCUGAAACUCAGAAAUCCACUUCUGCUGCUUCCUCUGAGAUUCAGAAACGGGCUCAUUUUACUGAACCUCGGAAAAGAGCUCUCUUCCCAGAGUCUCGUAAAUCUAAUCCAGGUGUUUCUACUGAUGUCCAGAAACGUGGUGUCUUUUCUGAGCCCCAGAAUCAGGUGUCUACUUCUGCUGUUUCUACUGAAAGUCAAAAACAUGUCCUAUGUUCUGAAGGCCAGAAAUCUGCUCUUGUUUCUUCUGAAGCUCAGAAACACACCCUAUUUUCUGAAGCCCAGAAACUUGCUUCCAUUUCCUCCGAAGUUCAGGAGCCUACUUCCUUUCCAGAGUCUCACAAAUCUGUUUCUCCUGAAAUUCAGAAACAUGGCUUCUUUACUGAGUCCCAGAAACCUACUCCUUCUAUUUCUCCUGAGACCCCCAAACAAGCUCUUUUUACUGAUGCCCAGAAAUCUGCUGUCUCCCUUGAUCUUCAGAAGCAUGCUGUAUAUUCUGAGAUGCAGAAACCUGCUGCUGCUUUAUCCUCUGAUGUCCAGAGACGUGCUGAAACUACUGUAUCUUCUGAAAUCCAGAAGAACAUCCUGUUUUCCGAGCCUCACAAAUAUGCUCCCAGUUUUUCCUCUGAGCCCCAGACACCUAGUGAGUCUGGUGAGAGUGACUUCCUUUCACACAGUUUAGAUGAUCAGAAACCACUGGAUGAUUUAUUCUCACAGGAUGAACAAUCAAUGUUAGCCAAAGAAUCACCAGAAGGCCUGUUAUAUUCUUGCCCAAAAAAGAAGCCCAAGAAGGAAAACCAGGAAAACUCAGAUUCUGAACUAAAUAGCAGCGAGUGUGGAAAACUGGAGCUGGACUCGAUGGAGAUGAAGGAGCAAGAAUCCAACAGUGAUCAAGAGCAGUAUGAUAUGGAGCCAUCUGAUUACAGCAAAGAGAGCAAAAUAGAUGCAACCACGCCCAUGCAGCCACAGUGUGUGCUGCAGUUUACUGAGGAGAAAGAAGCUUUCAUCUCUGAGGAAGAAAUAGCAAAAUACAUGAAGCGUGGCAAGGGAAAGUAUUAUUGUAAAAUCUGUUGCUGUCGUGCAAUGAAGAAAGGUGCUGUCUUGCACCAUUUAGUUAACAAGCAUAACGUUCAAAGCCCAUACAAAUGUAAAAUAUGUGGCAAAGCAUUUCUCUUGGAGUCUCUUCUUAAAAACCAUGUUGCUGCUCAUGGUCAGAGUUUGUUGAAGUGUCCACGUUGUAAUUUUGAAUCAAAUUUUCCCCGAGGCUUUAAGAAACAUUUAACCCAUUGCCAAAGCCGUCACAGUGAUGAUACACCUAAAAAGCACAUGGACACCCUUGAACCACUUGAAGAACAAAUUUAAUCUGUUUUUUUUCCCUUGUGCUAGGAAAGCUGAAUUUACAGAAGUGUUCAAAACUGUUGCUGUAUGUUAACCAAGUAGUUUAGCUGAUCUGACAAGUCAGAAGAUGCAUGGUUUAUUGUACUAUGUUUAACUUGUCUUAUAGCUGUAUUACUGAAAUGAUUUACUUUCAAAAGUAAUUUUAAAUACGUGUUCAUGUCUUUGUAUUACCCAUCAGUAGAGUCAUAUUUUAUUUUUCAGAUGUACUUACGUUUUUGAAACCAAAAUGAAUACAAAUUACUUUUGUAAAGAUUUGUAAAACAUACAAACAAUUAAGGACUGGAGUGGCAAGCAAUCCGUAUAUUCCCGUGAAGACUGAACUUGUUUCUUCACAUUCAUGAGAUGUCACAUUUUUAAAAAUGUUUUUACUAACUUCUCAGAAUUAAAAUUCUCGCCAGAUAGAAUGUGAAUACACCAGACAUAAGGAGCUACCAGUGCUUCUGGAAUAAUUGUGCCCUGAGGUUGUAAUUUGAGUGUAUAGUAAUUCAUUGGAAAUUUAUUGCAGUCAAUUCUCUGACUUACUUGUCUCAGAUUUAGAAGCAUCAAGGUACUUAUUUUGUGAUUCUGUAUUUUAGCCAUGUUUUAAGCAUGUACUAAUAUACAUUAAAUUGAUGGAUUAAUGUCAGACUGUGUAUAGCUCAACACUUUCUCUUGAUGAUUCAGAUGUUUGUAAUGUCAGAAACCCCCCCAAAUUUCUUGUAUUUGUUGAAAUGUUAUGCUUUGAUCUUUUAACAAUAAAAAGAAGCCCAACCUGG